AACUAUAUAUCGGUUGUAUUGGAUUAUGUCAAGUAAAGUGGCCAACAAAUGAUUUGCUGAUAUGUUAUCCACAGUAUUAGAAUACGAACAGUGCAAAAAAUAAACUAAAUAUAGACGUCUAUACAGAUUGGUUAGGUGGGCUUUCAAGCCCAAAACUGAUCAAUUCUGGAAAUGGAGCAAUAUUAGACGCGUCUGGAACCCAGUAAAAAUAAUCGGAAAGAGGAAAUUAACUUUUUUUACGAUCAAAAGUCAUUAACAAAAAACUACUACAAUAGCACCUUUUUUGUUGACGUUCUACACUCACGCAAACGCACAAAACGUCCAUGUUUCACCAUACACAACAAUAAUACUUCAUUUUAGUCAUAUAUGUCAUAAUACCGUUGUUACACGGACAAUCUUCACGUCAAAUAAGGAAAAAUAAUGGUAGAUACAUGAGCGCUAUUUCAUGCACGUACAAUGGCUGAAAUUAAUUUCCUCGUUUUUAAGAUUAAUGGCACCGAUAUAAGUCAAAUGCCGGAAGAUAAAGUGGUUCAAAUGUUCCUUACUGCUGGCGAACCGUUGCUAGUAGAAAUGCAGCGCAAAUCAAGCAUAACUCCAAACUGUAGUGCGCUCGAAACUACUGCCAAUUCAGAUUAUAGUGAAAAGGACUGCAAAGACGUAAAUGCUAAAAUGGCUGGAAUGGCAAUUGCUACAACUCUUAAACCGAAAACAGGAGAAUCAGUGAAAUUUGAUGCAGAUUUAACCUCAACAGUAAAGUUGGUUGUAGCCAUAAAAACUUCGGAAGCGACAGCGACGAUAGAAAGUGCUUCACGAGAUAGUAAAUCGACUCAAACUGAUAAUAAUUAUUUUAUCUAUGACAACUCGAAGGAUAGAGCUGAGCAUUAUAUUGAGCAUGAGCACAAUUUACUGGAACAUUGUUUGGCACCUGAAAUCGAUAUCGAAGAAAUAACAUUGAGAAAGUCAGACAGCAAUGAACGCUUGGGACUAAUUGUUUGCUAUAAUGGUUGUGCUAACAAUGGUGCCUUGUCUAAUUCUGAUGACAAUGAUGCGUGCACUGAGGUAUACAUCAGUGGUAUUCAACCUGACAGUGUGGCUGGACGUGAUGGUCGCUUGCGUCAAGGAGAUCAAAUACUACAAAUAAAUGGAAAAUAUAUAAAAAACAAGGAAGAAACCGAACUACUCAUUGCCGAAAAUAAUAACGCUGUAACUCUGCUCGUUAGCCGAUAUCUUUUCACGGAUGAAGAUGAUUUCAACGACCCUCUGCUGGCGGAUCUAGAAGUUGAUGAGGAGGACGAUGUCGAAGAGGAGGAAUUUUACGUUGAAAGUAAUAUAACAUACGAAAAUUGCCUUCUUCAGAAUGAGCCUGCAAACGAAUUAGAAAAGGCUUUGGCAUUGCACAGUGAAAGGAAGCCAACAAAACUGCAAAUACCAGCGAUUGAAAAUCAGCUACCAACCACAGCAGCUGUCGCUAAUGUCGACACAAUUACUUCUCCUAGCAGUUCGGUUCAAAUAUGUGCAGAUAUAGUUGAAUGUCCUGAACAGAAGGUAUUACUCGUUUCUUCCCAGCCAACAACUGCUACUAGAAACGAUAAAGCUUUGAAUCAGUUACAAAACCAGCAACCACAAAAGCAAAACAGAACGACUCAUAAGAAUAUCGCGAAAAAAAACUUGCGCUCGCAUAAAGCAGAACAAUCAUCACGGACACUUCUGUCGCCCUUUGACUCUGUAAAAAACGGCCCUAGUGAGCAGCAUAUUAAUUACGACACAGAACAUAUAUACGAAACUAUACCAGAAGAUUCAGAAUCAGAGCCAUUUUAUUGCUCUCCAUAUGAAAGUUCAACAUAUGUAACGGCAUUCGGAUCCUGUUCCUCUACCACUACCGACUCGCCGCAGCUUCAGUUGCAAAAGAUGAAUGUUGCGAAAUGGCUAGAUGUAUGUGUUAACCCCACGAAUAUUUCACAACUGAAUGCCAUUUCUGCGUCGGCUCGUGGCACCAGCGCAGGUAACCGUAAGCAAUUCCACAACGAUACCAACGAAAUGGAAAUACGCAAGAAAUCCAAUACUGUGCGAAGCACCUUAACUACUAUCACAAACGGAUCAAGUAGUAGCGGUGGCAGCGGAAAUAGUGGCGGAAGUAAUAUUGUGGACGUUUCGCAAAAUGAAGAACGUGACUCCUCCAGCGCUUAUAAUACUGGGGGGUCAAACAAUAGUACAAUUCCACUAAGAUCAGUACUCAACCAAAGUGGAAAAUGCGACAGUAUGCUUGAUGACAGCAAAUCACUGAAAUCGCAAUUGCCAAAGGAUAAGACGUCCUCUAUUUUAUCCAAAACAGGCUGUGAUGCCCUAUCACAGCUUUCUCAAACUAUACGAAGCAAUAUAGAAAGCUCAGCAGAUGUUCGGACUAAUCCAUCGGUGAGUUCAACUUUGGGGGACCGAAGUAAAUACCCCCCAAAUCAAUUAUAUAAUAAUGAUCCCAUUCAGUGUCAGUUAGACAAAAAAGGGUUCUGCCGGGAUUUUGUUUCAAAACAUUUUUUACAUCCAUUAUUAAUGCAAGACAACAUUUUUCACCACCAGAACUUUUGCUGUCCACAAUUUGUUGCUCCGAAUCUUAGCCAAUAUCACUUUGUCAGCAGCCAAGAGGUGAGAACAGGAAUCCGCCAAACAAUGGCUGUAACAACCCGAGUCGACGAAGUCAAUCACAAAAGUCUCGCCAAAGAAGAUACCAUGGUUUGGAAAGUGAAGCGUCGGCAAGACGGCACAAGGUAUAUUGUACGUCGCCCUGCUCGUAAUCGCUGCCUGUUACGUGAUCGGUCUAUACGCAUCAAUACCGAACAUGUUCGUAACAGACAUAUGUCAACCACUACUGAGGAAGAUAAUAUAUCAGAGGUCAAAGUUGGCCGCUAUUGGUCAAAAGAAGAACGUAGAAAACACAUAGAGCGCGCUCGGGAACGAAAACAGCAACACCAACUUCAAAAACAGCAAAUAACUGAUGAUAAUAAUCUGUCGAAAGUGUUCGUAAAAGACCAAUCUUCUUUGAAACUUGUUCAGCAAAAAAAAACUGGAUUGAUUCCACAGCGUACAAACCAGAACCGGUUCGCAGAGCAUUCGGGAAAUCAGACUCAACAACCAAACAUCACUACGCCCUUGCAACAACAUUACCAACUGCAAUUUAACUCGUCUAGAAUACAGCAUCAAAAACAGGCGAGGUGUGAUUCUAAUGCAACUACCUGCGCCCCCAAUGUUUCGUUUAAUGAAAAACAAAGCAUAUCGCCGAAAGAGCUAGCACUUGAAACAGGUGAAACUGAAACGUGUAGAAUAUCAGAAAUUGGAGCAGUAAGUUCUAAAUCGAAUUGCCCGGUAUUCCCUAGCUCAUUAGUGGUGACGGGAUCCCAAACGGCUGUUGCCGUUACCAAUACUUCCACUUUUCCAGCUGCCGUCGAAAAGAGUGAAUUACAAAAUUGUAUCUCUAUUACUACCAUAUAAAGUAUUAUUGAUAUAUUUUGGGAGUCUCAGUCUUUCUUCAUUCCAUUUUCAUUUAAAUCACUUGUUUUAUAUCAUUGAAAACAAAAUUAUUAAAAAAUAAAGAUAAUACUAGUCUUGUGAGUUCAA